UCACUUUGAGCGCUGAACACCUUUGGGACGGGACACGCGCGGCUUUCCUUUGACCGAAAAUUCUAGAACUGACGGAUGCAGUUACCAUUUGCUUUCUAGUGCAUCGACCUCCGCAGAUAGGCACUGACGGCUGGUUUGCAGCAAAUCACGACACUGAGACUAAUUUUUAUAACGGGUUCAUAACGUGGGAUUUUAAUCAUUUUUUGUUUAUCACGCUUACGAGCGAAAAAUCUGACACUAUUUAGAUUUCUUAUGAGCCGAGGAUGGGUGCCUGUGUAUCCUCGCAGAAAGAUUACGAAUACCCAGAUGUCGAGUGUAACGAGAAGACAUCUCUGGUGACCUACACGUACAGGUCGGGCAUUGGAGACGGACAGAAAGGCAAUCUGAGAAAAAAUCUUACUGUCAAUUGGGACUUCGUGCCAAAGGAUCGUUCUAACAAACACAAACAGAAAAAUACAGCAGUAAAGAGCAUGCAGAAACUGAAAUUAAAGGAGCUCAAAAUUCAAGAUGUCGACAGGGAGUUCAGGGAAUCCGCGAAAGUUUAUAACGAUAUAGUUGACAGACGGCAAGCACUGACGAACGCUCUGAACAGCCUCCGACCCUUGAUGAAACACACCAACACAGAAUUCAGCAUCCCAGGAGUGACACGAGAGAUACAGCGUCAGUUGGUUGAUGUUAAGCUAAAAGUCGACAUAGACAGCGGAGUGAUAACUCCGACGUACGGCGGGGUGUCCGUUGGCAUGAAACAGAUCCUGUUCACCGUCCAAAACAUUUACUCUCACAUCCGGGACCUGCGUGCAGAGAUUCCCUUUGCGGUCACCUUUUGCCAGAACGUGAUCUUAGACGAGGGUCGCCUACGCGAAGUCGUGAUACACGCCAACGCCGGCCCUCUUAAAGUACCACGUGCACUUCAAACUCUUGGCGCCAAUAUGAAGGAGUUCCUGAAGGCGCUUUCGGCGUUGUCUCAGCUUCAGGUGACCUUGGAAAACAUGUUUGACGACAUCAGAGAAGGACUGCUGAUUCUUGGAGGCGGCGGUUCCAGCGGGAACAGAAGGGAGAUUUUCAUGGAGUCAACGGAGUCGGGGGUAAUGGACAUGGAAUGAGCUCUGAGUGGAGUGUAAAGAAAAUGUUUUGAAUUGUGCCAGUUGACAAUCAUCAAUCAACAGUAAAUCACAUUACUUAUAUUGUGUGGUUGGUAAUAUUGUUUUCAGAUUUCCAGAUGUUAUAUAUUUGAAAGUUGAGAAGUAUUUACCUCAUUGAGCAAAUUGAAAACGAGCUCAAAAAUUGAUAUUUUACGGUUUAUAACAUUCCCCUCUUGGUGUGUAUUCACGAUGGCAGAACUGUUUUUUUUUUUUUUUUUUUUUUUUUUUGUUAUAGUGCUACAAAAUCAUCAAAUUGCCAAGUGUGUCAUGACAUUUUGCACCUGGAUUUUGGCACAGGUAAGCCAUGACAUUUUGAGCGUGGCUUUUGACACUUAAUUUGUUGACAGGUGGGCCAUGGCAUUUUGAACUAAGUCUUUGACAUUAAACUUGUAAACAGGUAAGCUAAGGUAAUGACGAUAACGCAUAUAUUGUACUAUGCCCGUUAAUGUUUGCUUGCAUUUCUUCAUGUUGCUUUUUGAUACAAGUUUUACAUCGUUUUUAUACACGCAUAGACUAAAACACUGUAUUUAGACGUUAAUGUACUUAGCUGAUCAGAGAUCAAGUGACGACAAUUAUUUUUGAUUUUGUUGUACAAAAUCACUCACGACGGUAAAGAGUUACGAAGUAAGGUGGAAAAGCAGGCAUUACAAGAUGAAGAGUAGUAUAGCUAUUAAAUGGACCUAAGAAACGUGCGUCAGUAAACAAGGUCUGGCUAUGAGAUAAGAUCGGUAAUAUCCAAUAUUAAAUCUUCGAUGGGAACUGAAAAGGAGCUAUGCCCACGUCAUAGGACAUUUAAAUUUAUCACGAUCAAAAUUGUUAUCAAUUUUAAGAAUUUAAGAAGAUACUUUCAAAAAUUAACAGCAAACGAAAACAUAAUAUUUUGGGGAAACAAAGAUAUGAUGUCGUAUACUUAUCGGAAUAAGCAGUGCCAUUUAUCCAUUACUCUCCUUUAAGCCGGAAAGUAAACUUUUAGAAAUUCCAUCACUCAUUGAUGAGUUUUUUCUUAGUGUAUUUGUCAGAAAAGAGAUGGGAAUUUUCAGGUAAUUGGCGGCAAAAACGACUACAUAUUGCCGCAUAAAUGUUGUAAUUGUCUUGCGUUUCACCGGUUGUAGUCUCAUUUUCAGCAAUAAAGUAUUGUUUUUAACCAGCAAA